CACUCAAAAACAAAACUCAGAUUUCCAUUUUUCAUUUCAUUUUCUCGAGAAAAUUCUUAGUUUUCCUGCAAAUACUUCUCAGAUGAGAGCCGUUAAUGGAGACUCUAGACCUUCCAACAACGCUCUCGACACCAUAAACGCUGCCGCCUCUGCGAUCGCUUCCGCCGAAAAUCGUGCUCCUCAAGACACGGUUCAGAAGGGAAGAUGGGGAAGCUGCUGGAGUGUAUACUGGUGUUUUGGACAUCAUAGACACAAAAAGAGAAUUGGGCAUGCAGACCUUGUUCCUGAAACAUCUGCUCCUGGAAAUGAUACUUCUGUAGCUGAAAAUCCAACCCAAGAACCUUCCAUCACACUUCCCUUUGUUGCACCUCCCUCAUCUCCUGCAUCUUUCCUUCAAUCAGAAACUCCUUCUGCUUCACAGUCACCAGCUGGUGUACUGUCUCGCACCUCUAUAUCUGCCAAUAUUUACUCUCCCAGUGGGCCUGCCUCCAUUUUUGCUAUUGGCCCUUAUGCCCACGAAACCCAGUUAGUCUCACCACCUGUAUUCUCAACUUUCACAACUGAACCAUCAACUGCUCCUUUCACUCCACCUCCUGAGUCUGUACACUUGACUACACCAUCCUCACCCGAGGUACCUUUUGCUCAGCUACUUGACCCCAGUGUCAGAAAUGGCGAGGCUGGUCUGCGAUUCCCAUUAUCAAACUAUGAAUUUCAGUCUUACCAAUUUUAUCCAGGAAGCCCAGUUGGCCAGUUGAUUUCACCUAGUUCAGGCAUAUCUGGAUCAGGCACAUCAUCUCCUUUCCCCGAUGGUGAGUUCACUGCUGGCGGCCCUCACUUUCUUGAGUUCCAAAUGGCUGACCCUCCAAAACUCUUGAACCUUGAUAGCCUCUCCACUCAUGAAUGGGGAUCACACGAAGGUUCAGGAACUUUGACCCCAGAUGCUGCAAGGCCUGCAUCUUGCACCUUUCCUCAGGAUCAUCAAUUUUCUGAUUUUGUAUCACAAUCACAUUCGAACAAUAGAAACCAGAAUGAUGAAAUUACUGACCGUAGAGUCUCUUUUGAAUUAACUGCUGAAGAUGUCUUGAGAUGUGUAGAAGAGAAGCCAUCAUGCCCUGUAAAAGUCGUGCCAGUCUUUAUCGAAAAUGGAACAACAGCUGCAAAAGAAGUAAACUAUACUGAAAUAAUGAAUAAUUUUGAGUCCGGUGUUGGUGAAACAUCUAAUGACACACCAGAGAUGACUUCAACAGAUGAGGAGAAGGCACCACGACAUCAGAAGCAUCGAUCCAUAACUCUUGGCUCUCUUAAAGAAUUCAACUUUGAUAAUGCUGAUGGAGGAGAUUCCCAUAAGCCUAAUACUGGUCCAGGCUGGUGGGCUAAUGGAAGUGAAAGUGAUGUUGGGAAGGAGGAUGGAGCCGGCAAGAAUUGGUCCUUUCCCGUGAUGCAGCCAGGUGUAGGUUAGCUAGUAUUUAAUUGCAUCUCCUGGUGCCACCCAGCAGAUCUUCAUUGGCUGCAAAAUGCACCCCAACCCCGCUUGCUGAAGCCAAUUGCAGUGAAUUUUUAGGGUGUUAUGCAAGGAAUCCAAACUGACUCUGAAAUGAAGGCUGUUUUUGAGUCCUUCGUGACCUGAAAACAGAGGCAGGUGGUAAUGUUUUGCACUUGUUUGCUUACUUAGUACAGAUAGAGUAUUAUGUCUCUUUAGGCAGAAAGAUGACAUAACAGUGUUUGUUAGAUAUUUUUGUGUUGUUAUUCAUUUCACAUGUAAUAUAAAAGAUGAUGAAUAGGACAGUUUUACAUUAAUAAUUACAAAGAAGAUGGAAAUUGACUUUAUAACAUGCCAGUGAAAGAUAAAAUUCUGCCAAAGUUGGCUUA